UUUCAUCGAUCCGCGCCGCCGCCUGACUGCCAACCCCUUCCCGCGGCCAACCCGUGCUCGUUUUCCCAAUCGUUUCCGCUCUGUGCCGCGAGGACACACGGCUCGUGUAUUUUUUUUUUCCCCCCGUUAAGUUAUAUCCUACACCGCUUUCGUCUUCGUUUUAAUUUUUUCGUUUUCGUUUUUCACCCAUCACGAGCAUUGCAGCACGGUCAUCUCAUUUUACCGGCCGACCAGGAAAAAUAUGCGUGCAGUGGCGACAGCGGUGGCGGCGACCACUAUUACAUCGGCAUUGGAAACGGUGGCAGCGGCUGUAGUAAUAAUAUCGUUAUAAUAAUAAUAUAAUAUAGAGCCUAUACUGUACAUACCUACAAUUUAUCAAUAAUCUUCGUUGAUAAAACUAAAUUUUCGUUUGUUUCUCUUUCGCUUUCAACUCGUCGACAGGCACCGACGACGUUGUAUAAUACAUAUAUAUAUAUAUACGCGUGUAUCAUAAAAAACAUUAGGAUCGUUGCAACGGUGCACUAGUGCAGCAGAUAUAUAUAUAUAUAUAUUAUUGCUGCAGCUGCAGUUACAGUCGUCGCUAUUAUAUAGAUAGGUGGCCGCCACCGCAGCUGUAACGGCUGUCAAUGGCCAAUUUCGGUAGGUUUUACGUGCCGCCGUUUGGGGCCGCCAUGAACGUGGUGUGGGCCGCCGUCAAGGCGUACGUGCCGGAGGACAGCCCGUGCGUGGAAGCUAUCAUGAAGCGCCGCGGCGAUCGGGCUGCGGGGGGCUCGUCUUCCGGUGCCGGAAACGGGACGGCGGACGGCGGGGACGCUGAGCGGAACCGGUUGCAGGGUGGCAGCAAACCGGACACGAACCCGUUCCGGACCACGUGCAACUCGGAACUGUCGUCGUACGGUGGCGUGGAGAAACGCGACGGCGGCGUGGACGGCGACGGCGUCAUCAAGAGGACGCCGCAAGCGUUUAGCAUGGACGACGGUAGCUUCGACGAGGACUCAUCGGGCGGCGGAGAGUUUGGCCGCGGCCGACACAAGAUCGACGAAUGGCAAGCGGCGUGGAACGUUACCAACGCCAUACAGGGAAUGUUCGUGGUGUCCUUGCCGUUCGCCGUCCUGCGAGGCGGUUACUGGGCGAUCGUGGCCAUGGUCGGCAUCGCUUACAUAUGCUGUUACACGGGCAAGAUACUGGUGGAGUGCUUGUACGAACUCGACCUGAACACUGGCCAGCGGGUCCGGGUCCGAGACUCGUACGUGUCGAUCGCCCGGGAGUGUUUCGGACCGGUGUGGGGAGCUCGGGCCGUGAACGUGGCCCAGAUGAUCGAGCUGCUGAUGACGUGCAUCCUGUACGUGGUGGCGUGCGGCGACCUGAUGGAGGGCACGUUCCCGGACGGGCUGAUCGACACGCGCAGCUGGAUGAUGAUCACCGGCGUGCUGCUCAUACCGCUCGGGUUCCUCAAGCACCUGCACCACGUCUCGCUGCUCAGCUUCUGGUGCACCAUGUCGCACAUACUCAUCAACAUCAUCAUACUGGGCUACUGCGUGCUGGAGCUGCCCGACUGGGGCUGGAGCAAGGUGAAGUGGACGAUCGACGUGGAGAACUUUCCCAUAUCGCUGGGCAUGAUCGUGUUCAGUUACACGUCGCAGAUAUUCCUGCCGACGCUCGAGGGCAACCUGUCCGACCGGUCAAAGUUCGACUGGAUGCUGGAGUGGAGCCACAUCGCGGCCGCCAUAUUCAAGUCGCUGUUCGGUUACGUGUGCUUCCUGACGUUCCAGAACGACACGCAGCAGGUGAUCACCAACAACCUGCACUCGCCCGCGUUCAAGGGCCUGGUCAACGUGUUCCUGGUGGUCAAGGUGCUGUUGUCGUACCCGUUGCCGUACUACGCGGCGUGCGACAUACUCGAGAAGUCCUUCUUCAUCGGGCCGCCCGCCACGCCGUACCCGAGUAUCUGGCACGUGGACGGCGAGCUCAAGGUGUGGGGCUUGGCGUUCCGCGUGGCCAUCAUCCUGUGCACCGUCUUCAUGGCCAUAUCGAUACCGCACUUUGCCAUACUGAUGGGCUUCAUCGGCAGCUUUACCGGCACAAUGUUGUCGUUCAUAUGGCCGUGCUACUUCCACCUGAAGCUGAAGGGCGACUCGCUCGAGUGGCGCACCAUAAUGUUCAACUGUUUCGUCAUAUUCCUCGGCUGUCUGUUCGGCGUCAUCGGCGUCUACGACUCCGGCUCGGCCAUCAUCAAAGCGUUCCAAAUAGGGUUGCCGUUCUGAGCACACACCCUCAAGUCCCCGUCUGCACCCCACCGAUGCGCACCCACAUCCGUUGCACGACUACCUUUCCCCUGGUUCCCGCCGAUAUGCCCCGCACCGAUCCAUUUGUUAUCGGUGGCCGUCGAACCCUGCAGUUUUUUAUUUUUUCGUAGACGACCGAAUCGUGUCACUGCAAUAGGCUCUUAUUUAUACUUACUUUUAAAUUCAAGACGUCUUAGACUUUAAACGCGUUUUGUCUUUUUUCCCUUUACCGACGGUGUCUAAUAAUAAUACGCGUAUUAAUUAUAAUUUAUCGUUUCGAUAUUAUGCGAUACCCGUUUUGAACCUCAUCGUUUACGCACAUUCCGUACGUUAUAUUAUUAUGAUUAUAUUGUUAUUUUAUAUAACUAUAUUUAAUAUCAUUGUUGUUAUUGCGAUUUAAAAACUACGACUACAAUACCUACUUAAUCGAGUCACUACGACCUGUCGGGUGUGUACGCACCCGAGAAUUUUAGCGAUCCCCUAUAUCCCGGUUAUAUUAUAUACGCACAGAUAUUAAUUCAGCGUCAAAUACGUUUAGACGAUAUUAUUAUAAUUAUUGUAUACUGGUAGAGGGAGUAAUGAUUAGUUAUGCGAUUUUUACAUUUUUUUAAAUUAUAUUGAAAAUUAAUAGAAGUAUUCGAUUUUAAUUACCUAAAUAAUAUAUUAGGUAUAUAAUAUAUGUAUAAAAGUAUAAAAGCAAUUUUUUUGAAAACGACGGUUAGACUGUUGUAGUUUGUGUCUUCCAGUAUAUAUAUAAUACAUAAAUAUAUACACACAUAUUAUUAAUUAUUUAUUAUGUAAUUGAUUUUGUGAUAAACAACAUUUGUCUUCCAGAGCUCGUAAGCUCAUAUUACCAAACAAUUUAUUCUUAAAAUUGAAAUAUUUUGAUGAAAAGAAUGUUUGGUGGUUAAAAUGUUAAAGUAUCGUUUUAAUAAUACAUUUAUAAAUGUAAUGUUUAUAUUAUUAUUAUAUUAUAUUAAUUAAGUACAACCGUUUAUGUAUCAUUGGUAUUGUAACAUUAAAAUUGUGCUGUUUGUAGCAAUUUAUUGUCUUCCAUUAUAAAAACGAUUCUAAAUGUUGAUGUUUGGUUUUCAAUGGUUCUGACCGAAUAAUAUAAAUCCAUUGGAUCCCAGACAUCUUUAUAUUGUGCAUAAGGAACGUAUAAACUAUAUAUUAUAUUAGCGCUUAAUUGUUAAAUAAUGUCAAUUGCAAGUCUUCCAAAAACAAAUAAAUAAAUAAACAAUUUUUAGCAAUAGUCAAAAUAAUUAUACCCAUGUUAUCAUUAUAUUAUAUUGUCAUAAUUUAUAACCCUGUUAAUAUACUUAUAUUAUUUGUAAGCAUUUACUUACAUAUCUAAUAUAAUAUUUUGACGAGUUAUGACAUUACUAUUAUCAUUAUACAAAACUAACCAGGUUUUUUUUUAUUUUAAGUAUAAGUAGAUAGUUUCAAUUAAAACAAUUGUUUUGUAUUCAUAUGUUUAUAAUAAUCAUUAAUAAUGAUCAAAGAGAAAAAUGUGAAUUACAUACACUUUAAAAUAUUGUUAGUAGCUUGUUUAUUGAGAAACCGUUUCAUUAUAUUAUGAUAAUUUGUAAUAAUAUAUUCACUUUUAAAUACCUACUUCAAGUAUAUUCAAUUAAUUUAUUAUACUCUUUGUUAUGUUUAAGUAUAAGUAAAUAUUAUAUACAACACAAGCAUUAUUUUGUUUUAUCUAAGACUGCUAUUGUCUUCCAUAAUUUAUACCAUAACUAUUAAUUACUAUUGUAUACUCUUUCAGUAUAUUUAACAAAAUACAUUUAAUCUUUAAAAGUGAUGUUUUUAUUUUUAUUUUUUAAUCAAAUAUUAACAGGUACCUACGUCGAUUUUGCUGGCAGUUAGCAUACAUAUGUUUUAUUAUAUUGUUUAGUUGAACAAAAUUAUUUUAGCAACAAUAAUAUUUAGGGAAAUUUUAUUUCUGUUAUCGUUUAAUUUAAUAUUUCAGCUGUAACAGUGACUGAUACUCAUGUACUUAAAUUAUAAAAUUGUGAUAAACAUAAUAUAAAACAUAAAAUAGUCAAUAAGAAUAUUUCAAUUUUAAUAA